GCAGACCUUAACCUCCCGGCAUGCAGCAAAACUUCCCUGGCGGCUUGCCCGUCAACAGCUCGCCUUCUAGCGACGAGGGUACAAACUCAAUUCGAAACGGCGCGACGCAAGCAACGGGCGGAUCAGCGGACCUUCCUAAGGCCACUGAAUCUUAUUAUAUUCCCUCGCCAACAUCUCAACUAGCUGAGAUUGGCCACCACGCCCAGUCGCAACAUUUACCAUCGAACUUAUUCCCCGGUGCGAUAAACACAUCUAUCGCACCUUAUCAUUACCCUCAAGUAAACUCGGCUAGUUCUUCAUCACAGGGUGUAUGGCCUACCCCACCCUCUACGACCUGUGAAGAAGACGUGGAUAGUUAUUCUUUCCACGGUUCGCCGGCGAGUGCCUCUUGUAGGGCUGGCCCCUACUCGACCCAUUCAGCAGCAGCCAGUCCGGGUACUUGGUCCGCUCCGGAGGACCAGCAUUUUCAAAUGCCAACUUACCAUUAUCCCUCCUAUCCCCAGCCACAAUACGGUCAGCAAUACUUCCCACAGUCCAGCUAUGACAGUCAUAAUUAUCCGCGUACCGAUAUGAACAUGGAUGUCAUGGCUCAGCCUGAGUUGCCGGCCAUUGUCUCUGGGCUGGCUGGCUCAGAGAGUCAAGCUGCGGUAGCCGAGCGUGAGCCAGAGAAACCAAAACAAGGAUGCGCGAGCGCGACGGGCAAGAAGGUAGAGGAGCCCUACGCGCAAUUAAUAUGGAGAGCCUUCUUAAGUACUCCAACACACUCCAUGACACUACAACAGUUGUACCAAUGGUUCCGUGAUAACACGGAAAAGGGCAGAAAUGAUAAUUCUGACAAGGGCGAGAAAGAAGAAGCGCGUGGCUGGAUGAAUAGCAUCCGCCACAACUUAUCCAUGAACCAGGCAUUUGUCAAGCGCGAUCGCAAAUCGGGUCUAGGUGACUCUGUGAAUGAGUCGGGAGAUUCGAAAAAGCCGCUAUCGGAAUGGGUUUUGGAAGAUUGGGCUGUGAACGGCGUCCAGAGUACGACGAGAUAUCGUAGUAAACCGACAAGUGCUCGUCCUGCUAGGCCGGGUUCUCGUCCGAGACCGCGCUCAACCGCAGAAGGACGAGUGAGUUCCGGCCGCAAAGGUGGCGUGGCUGCUAGUAACUCGAAAAAAAACGCGGCUAAGAAAGCAAUGAUAAACCGAAACAGUCUUGCGCCGGAAUUUCCCGGCGCUGGUAACAACAUUGGAAACUUGCACGACCCAAUGCACACAAUGGGCUACGAUCAUCGUCUAGGUCUCCAAUAUGCCCUUCCUACCGCACCAAGAAGCGAACAUUUCACGACGCCGAACCCCAAUCACGAGAGUAUGAUUUUGGCGACCAACCCAAUGCAACCUACCGCGUUGCCGGCUCCCGACCCAAACCAUCCAUUUGCAUUCGCACCUCCUAUGCAGCAUUAUAACCAUAAUGCCCAGCAUAUGUACCCAUUAGAGGACGGCAGUGGUAUUUACCAAGGACAUCAUGGUGCUCUUCCAAUACACGGCAAUCAGGGCCUAGCAGCGACAAUUCCACAAGAUCUAAGUGAGCUUUUCGAAGAUUCUGAGGAGAAUCGCAACAGGCUGGCCUUUCCCUAUUGGCCUGAUCCGAAUGAUCCAUCGGCUAACAAUCAAAAUCAAUACCCGCCCCAGUAGCGCCACAUAUCUGGUUGCUUCUGGUGGUCUAAAUGACUUCAUUUUGGAUGUUCGGCAGCAAUUCUAGAAAAAAAAGAAAAGCACAACAAGGGAUAUUAGCGACAUGACUUAACUCUUAUUUCGGCCUAGAAAAACAAAAGCAACUUUCACC